AUAUACCUUAUGCUUAUUAAUCUUCAGAUGAACCAGUUUAAAAUACUCAACUAACUUUGCGCUUCGUGAUCUCAAACAGGAACCGAACCUAAAGGCAUAAGCGAAAUGAUGAAAGCUCUAGAACCUUUAGUAUUAGGACAAACUUUGACGGGUGCAGGAGGAGGAGGCUUUCUCGUGCUUCUUACUAAAGAGCCCAACAUGGCGGAUAAAGUGAGGGCAGUGAUAGAAAGAAACAAGCCUUCAGACGAGCUGGCGUUUUUUGAAGCAAGUAUAGACUUAGAAAGGCUCACUGUGAGAGUAGAGGAACUGGGACGGGCUUCCUGUAGAGUCUGCGUGUCACCUGCAAUGAAUCAUGAUACUAGGAGCAACUGAGCUUAGGGAUGGCUCAGACAAGCCGGAAGUCAGUUACCUGAAUGAUAGCCAGUUGCAGACGAUCUACGAAAAGUCAAGAACACUACUCAUGGUCUCAUAAAGCACAAUGGAGGAUAGAGACGAAUUUUCGUUGGACACUUAUCGCAUAGCUGGAGAAUG